CCUGACAUUCGUAUCCCAGAGUGCCAGCAUCAUGGGGGCACCUCCAGUCCUUCUCACGGCGUUGCUAUUGUUCCUUCCUGGCUUUUCACACUGCCAACUACACACCCUCAUAGCUCCAAAUGUCUUCAGAGUGGAAAGUGAGGAGACAAUUAUACUGGAAUCACACGAAUAUGGUAGUGAAAUUAAAGUCGACAUACUUCUCCAGGAUUUUCCAAAAAAAACAAAAGUUUAUACCCAAACACAAGUUACACUGAAUGCAGCAAACAAUUUUCUGGUUGAGACCAAAAUGAAGCUUCCUGCAAGUCACAUUGAUCAAAACCCAAAACAGAGGCAGUUUGUGUCUUUAGUAGCAAAAUGUACUGCAUUCAACUUAGAGAAAGUUAUUUUGAUAUCAUUUGAUUCUGGAUUCAUCUUCGUGCAGUCUGAUAAGCCUCUCUACACUCCCACAGAUAAAGUGUUUUAUCGUCUUUUUGCGGUUAAUCAUCAGUUAACACCAAGUCCUGCGGCUGUCACUGUUGACUUUGUGAACCCAGAUAACAUUAUAGUGAAGAGACAAGUACUAUCUGCCAGUGACAAGUCUGGGAUCAUUUCAAGCUCUUUUGACAUCCCUGGGAUUGUAAAGUAAGUUGUCCGAGUGUGUAGCAGU